AUGUCUCGGCCGUCAAGUCGGCCAGGAAGCACCCCGUCAAGUCGACGGGCGAGUAUCAGUCCUUGCAAGGUCACAGCUGCAAGUAUGAAAGACCGAUUCACUUUGUAUUUCUAUCCAACAUCUUAUUAUUCACAGAAGGUUGUUCUUGCUCUUUAUGAGAAGGAUAUUCCAUUCAAAAGAUGUAUAGUGAGUUUGUUCUCCGGACAGCAGAAUGAACCUUGGUAUUUAGAAAUCAACCCCAAAGGCAAAGUGCCAGCUUUGAAAGAUGGUGAGAAAGUGCUUGUUGAAUCAGACAAUAUAAUAGACUAUUUAGAAUCCACAGUACAAUCAGCUGUAACACUUGUCCCUGAUGAAUCCUUUGAAGUUGGACAAGAAGUGCGGCGUGUAAGAAAACUGUUGGAUAGUAUCAAGGCUGAAGUAAUCACUUUUGGAAUCAUAAUGCAUCCAGAUCUUUCAGUGACUGGAUGCAAAAUUCCAUUCAGAAUGCAAAAACAGAUACGAGAAAAUUAUGGCAGUCAACUUGGAAUGUUGUUAAAAUUAGCAGAAAAAAAUCCCAAAUUCCGUGACAUCUACCUAGCAAAAAGUCAGCACAUGGCACAACGCUUUGAAGCUAUUAUGGAUGUAGAACAAGUUAUGCAAGAAUUAGAUGAUCUGGAAAAUGUCUUGGAUGAAAUGGAAACACUUAUUAUGUCUUCUCUCUCAUCUCAAGAAGGUUCCAUAGACAAUACUCAAGACUUGUGGCUGUUUGGUGCCCGUUUCACUGCUGCAGACAUCAGUCUGAUUGUGCUGCUGAAUCGUUUGGUCAUGUUAGGCCUUGACAGCCGAUACUUCUCUGCUGAGCGGCGACCAUACCUGAUGAAAUACCAUGAGCAACAAUUGAAAAGACCUUCAGUUGAACAACUCAUGAAGGAGAUCCGCAGCAUCAUGAAGGGAAUUUCUUUCUUUCUCAUUCUUGGAUUGCGCCUUCUCCUUAGCUCCUUCCUCUUUCAGCUUUUUAACGUUUAUAUUGAAUAUAUCUGCAAAUGUGUUCUCAUCGUCACUCUCAAACAAUUUGGAAAAUUCUUCCCGGUCUUCCUCACUUGCUUUCGGCAGAAUAUCCUUCUUUGCUUUUAUAUCUUGGAAAUUGUCGUGACCAAUAAUUGUGUCUUUUGCGGCUAUCUGGUGCAUUAUCUCCCUUUCUCUCAGUUUUUUCCAAGAAAAACAUUUUGUUUGUAUCUUGUUGACUUAAAAAUAAUAUUCACAGCCUGUAAGCAGUCCCUGAGGUGUGAUGGCAGUUCGGGAAGGCCGCAAAAUGCUGCCUCCAAUCCCAACAAUGCCAGAACAGAGGAGAAAUCAAUUCCAGGAUCAAAAACUUUGAACGAACUCAGUAAAUGUACCCAAGAGUAUGCUUUAAUGGCUGAGUUCAAUCUUCUGAGUCAACAAAAAUUACCAGGUGUUUAUGUAGUUCCAUCAGCUAAUAAUCCAUUUGUAUGGAAUGGAAUAUUAUUUGUAAGAAAAGGAAUGUAUCAAGGAGGGAUCUUUCGAUUUAUACUAAAAGUUUCUGAAACUUAUCCUAAUUGUGACAGCCCUACCCUCUUUUUCAUUCCCCCCUUGUUCCACCCAAUGGUUCACCCUGAAACAGGAGAAUUGGAUGUUAAAAGAGCUUUUCCAAAAUGGAGGAAAAACGUAAAUCAUUUAUGGCAAGUUUUAUUGUAUGCCAGAAGAAUAUUUUAUAAAAUCGAUACAAAAACACCUUGGAAUCCAGAAGCAGCAGUUUUAUAUGAUCAGAUUGAUUUGUAUGAAUCAAAAGUUGCAGAAACAGUGAAAUUGUGCAAAGAGAAACUCUAUGAGCUUCCUGACACAGAGGAUAGUCAUGCUAUUCGAUUUACAACAUGGGAUCCAUCAGUUCAUGAUGGAAUACGGAAAGCUAUCAUUAAAAGCAAGUCACCUCAGGAAAAGGCUUCAAGUCAUACAGAUGGUUCAACAGGUCUUUCAUGGAUGAUGCCAGAUAAUCCACAGAUUUUCUCCAAAGAAGACAUGUCCCCUUCGUAA